AUGUGGACCAUUGCCCUAGCCCUGGCCCUUUGCGCCCCCAUUGCGGCGCUGCCGACUCAAACCCCUGUACCUCUGGAGGACCCCAUCAAGUCUCCUUUCCCUAUCCACGAAAGCUGCAACGCUACCGAGCAGCGCCAGCUCGCCACCGCGCUGCAGGAGACCGUCACCCUCGUGCAGCACGCCAAAGACCACAUCCUGCAAUGGGGCAACGAGAGCGCCAUCUACCGCAAGUACUUCGGUGACAGGCCCGCCAUCACCCCCAUCGGCGCCUACGACAUCAUCAUCAACGGGAACCCGGAGACCAUCCUCUUCCGCUGCGAUAACCCCGAUGGCAACUGCGGUUUAGAGGACUGGGCCGGCCACUGGCGCGGCGAGAACGCCACCUCCGAGACCGUCAUCUGCGAACUCAGCUACACUACCCGCCGGCCCCUGAGCACCAUGUGCUCCCAGGGGUAUACCGUUUCAGGAUCCGAGACAAACACCUUCUGGGCCGGCGACCUGCUUCACCGGCUCUACCACGUGCCUGCUAUCGGACAGGGUCUCAUCGAGCACUACGCUGAUGGAUAUAGUGGGGUGCUGGAGCUGGCAGAGGGAAACCGCACUGAGGCUGUGCAUGACUCGGAGACGCUGCAGUACUUUGCGCUGGAGGUGUAUGCGUAUGAUGUUGCUGUUCCUGGGGUGGGAUGUGUUGGUGAGGAGGAUGAGCAUGACCAUGAGCAUGAUGACCAGGAGGAUAUUCCUGAAAACUGCCACACUCACGAUGGUGGAGAGCUUCACUGCACCUAG